AUGGCACCGCCUACCCCAACUCUCUCUUCGCUCCCCAAAGAGGUCGUAUCCAUGAUAUGCUGGAGCACCAUGGAAAACCAACACUUCAACGAUAUCUCGAAAGAGUUGUUGUCUCUAGCACUCGCCUGCCGAUCCACCUCUGAACCGGCCCUGGACGUCAUCUGGAAUACGCUCAUUUCCAUAUGGCCUUUGCUCCUCCUACUCCCCGAAGAUCUACGAGUAUUCCGUCGCAUAGAGGAAUCUGAAGACCGAAAACUCGACUUCAUGACACGCCUUCUGGACAUAUCUCAGGACGAGCUUGUAUUCUCCCGAGAGCCUACUCCGGAUGACUUCACUCGCUGGAUUAAGUAUUCCUCCCGCGUUCACCAUAUACGGGAUUUGGCUUCGUUCGGCAUCUGGCGGCUGGAUCGCGAAUUCCUUUCACCCAGUGUUUUCGACAUGCUGCAGGCAUACUGCCCGAAGCCGUUCCUCCCGAACCUCCGCUCACUCUCCUGCCGCGAGAAGGAUCUCGCCAUGGGCGACGCUGUCGUCCUUCCGGCCCGCAUCUAUUUCGCGCGCCCUCUUCAAACCGUGACUCUCGCUCUGGCUAAACAUCCCGACCCCGACCACUUGCAGGACAUCAUCAAGAGCUUAUCCUCGGUAAGCCCACAUGUGGAGACACUGAAGCUCGUCAAAGGUCGGCAGUCGUGCUUGCGAGGGAUAGAAAUCGCGCAGUUUUCUCUUCUGACCAGUUUUAUCGGUCAAGAGGUGCUCGUCGCGUCUGACGCGUUGCUCAGCCUCGGCAGACUUCCGCAACUCCGGAAGCUAUUCAUCCAACCUCGCGCGGAACCUAGCGACUGGGACGAGCUCCCCCGCGAGAGGCACGACGGGUUCUUCGCCGCGCUCCUGGAGCUCGACCUAGUAUCCAGAAACGACGCCCACCAAUAUUGCAUGAUGCUCCUCAAGGUCAUCGCCCCAACGGCUCUUCACUUCGUCUCGCUCAAUCUGCGCUGGCCAGACGACGAAGCGGAGGCUCUCUUCACGGGCUUCUCCGUCGCCCUCGGCGCGCUGCCCUGCCCCAGCACUCUCCACCACAUCACGAUCUCCGUCGGCAGCGACGACUGCCCGGACCGCAACAUCUACCGCUCCCCGUGUUUCAUCCCGCUGCUCGCCCUCCCCGCGCUCCGCGCGCUCCAGUUCCUCGGCGGCCCCAAGGUGAUCGUGGACGACGCGAUGCUCGACGCAAUGUCGCGCGCCUGGCCUGCCCUCCACACGCUCGAGUUCGAGUGGCCCGCGCUCACCGGCAACGUCAACUGGUACUCGGAGAACAUGUGCUACAACCCGCCCCGCGCGGGCGCCCCAGACUGCCCCAAGGCGACGCUCGCGGGCCUCGUACCACUCGUGCGGCGCUGCGCAGACCUGCGCGUGCUCGCGGUCGCGAUCGACAUGCGCGUGGCCGUGCCGCGCUUCGACGGGCUGCGGUGCCCGCCCGUUUCUGGCACAAGUGGGGUCAGGCGGCUGCGGACGGGCGGGUGCGUGGCGGGUGAUGACGCGCUGGCGGUCGCGUCGUUCUUGUCGCUCGUGCUGCCCGGGCUGCGGAAUAUCGAGUACACCCCUCCGUCGUGGGACUGGGAGCGCCUUGGGAAUCUGUAUUGGAGGCUCGUCGCGGUGCGCGCGCAGGAAAGGAACUGGGCUCGGGAACACGGCAAUGCUGUCGAGCAGCCAGAGUCUCCGUAG